UCUCUGGCCCCUCCUUGCGUCUGCGCGGCGCGGCGGGGUCCCGCCAGUCAUGGCCGCCUCCGUCUUCUGCUGCUUCUCCUGGUGCAGGGAUGGCGGCGCCGGCCAUAUCCCGUUGAAGGAGAUGCCGGCGGUGCAUCUCGACACGCAGCGUAUGGGAACAGAUGUUGUCAUUGUUAAAAAUGGCAGAAGAAUAUGUGGCACAGGAGGCUGCUUAGCCAAUGCACCUUUGCAUCAGAACAAGAGCUAUUUUGAGUUUAAAAUCCAGUCCACAGGGAUUUGGGGUAUUGGAGUUGCAACCCAGAAAGCAAACUUGAAUCAAAUUCCACUUGGUCGAGAUGUCCAUAGCCUGGUGAUGAGAAAUGAUGGAGCUCUCUACUAUAACAAUGAGGAGAAAAACAGACUACCAGCAAACAACCUUCCUCAGGAGGGCGAUGUGGUGGGCAUUACAUACGACCAUGUAGAAUUAAAUGUAUAUUUAAAUGGGAAGAACAUGCAUUGUCCAGCUUCAGGAAUCCGAGGGACUGUCUAUCCAGUGGUCUAUGUUGAUGACAGUGCCAUUCUGGAUUGUCAGUUCAGUGAAUUUUAUCAUACACCUCCACCAGGGUUUGAAAAGAUCCUCUUUGAGCAGCAAAUCUUCUGAAUGUCUUCAUACCGAAAAUUUGCACCCUGCACUGUUAUAAAAGCUUUGUCAUCUUAAAGAAAGCUUCACUUUACUUUUAGGAAACAUAUCUGUAUUUUUAGUAAGUACUUGUGGCUGUUGUCUGCAGAGUUAAUAUGUUAACUGCAACGCCAGGUAACUGUUGCAAAUACGAGAUUCCUGGCAAUGUUUUGUGGUUGACAAUGAAUGUUUUGGGACAGGGUUUUUCUCUGAUUUGUACUUGAUGCGUAAGGAGACUAAGGGACUUUAUUGUCAUCAGUAUUACAUUCAGUAUUUUGAAUAAACUGGAGCCCUGUAAAGCCAAUAGUUCUUAUGCAUAUGAUAGCUAUGGAGAUGGAUAGUUCCGAUGAUUUUGUUCCCCAGCUUUUUUCACACAGAAGCUAUGUACUUUGUUUAAAGGAAGCACUGUGUUUCUAGUCUGACAUUUGGAGUUGUGGUGUCCCAGUUGUGCAAAAUGACUAAUAACACAAUGGCAUAACUAGCAGCUAGAUACUUUUUUUUUUUUUUUUUGCAAGGUAUAAUUUAAUCCAUUCCCUCAGUCUUAGACCGGCAAAUAUAACUUUAUCUAAUUCUUCUAGCUUUUCAUUUGCUUUUAUUGUGAC